CCUCAUCUGUUCCCCAUCUUCUCCGGCCCUCCUCCUCCAUUCGAUCAAAAAAAUGGAAUCCAAAUCUCAAGGCACUCUCCUCCUUCUCCUCCUCCUCUUCGCCACCAUCUCCAUCUCCUCCUCCUCCUCGCAGGCCCUCCGCCACGUCCUCUCUGACCUCGGCCUCCCUCUCCUCUCUCAAUCCGACCCCUGCACCAUCACCGGCGUCCUCUGCCGCCGUCACCGCGUCAUCGCCGUCAAUCUCCCAUCCCAACACCUCUCCGGCAUCCUCUCCCCUUCCCUCACCCUUCUCUCCGACCUCCAAACCCUGGACCUCCGCGGAAACCGCCUCUCCGGCCCCGUCCCUUCCGACCUCUCCUCUCUCACCGCCCUCCGCACCCUCAACCUCUCCUCUAAUCUCUUCACUGGCGACAUCCAUUUCCUCUCCACCCUCCCCAAUCUCGAACAAGCCUCCCUUUCCGACAACCUCUUCUCCGGCCAAAUCCCCCAAUCCCUCUCCUCUCUCCGCAACCUCAUCUUUCUAGACCUUUCCAACAACCCAGAUCUCUACGGUGAAUCCACUCCCUACUACGGUGGUCUACGUCGAAGUCUUCUCCCCAAACGCUAUGUAUUCGCAGAGACUAACAACGCUUCCAAAUCUCCGAAUCAUUCUAAAUCAGCUAUAUCUCCAAAUUCAGCUCCAGCUCCAGGUCCAUCAGCAUCACCACGCCACCGCCACCGAAACCACAAGAGACGAGUGAGAAACUGGAUCGUCGGAUUCAUAGUAGGUUCCAUCGCCGGAGUUAUAUCCGGGCUAGCUUUAUCCAUCCUGUUCCGUAUGACUAUGAAUUGCAUACGAGGUCGCUACCGGAACCCAUCCGGCCCAUCAAUUUACAGUCCUCUAAUCAAACGCGCUGAAGACCUCGCUUUUUUGGAAAAAGGCGAAGGACUCGCCACACUGGAACUCAUCGGCGCGGGCGGGUGUGGCCAGGUUUAUAAAGGUCAGCUCCCACCCCCAGACCCACGCACACCAGAAGUUCCAGGUAAAUUCAUCGCCAUAAAAAAAGUCAUGAAAAUCACAGACGCGGAUGCUGCCGCGGAAGCGGGGGAGGAGAACAGCAAAGUGCUGGACAAAUUCAAACGCCAAAUCCGGUCUGAGAUUCGAACCGUGGGUCAAAUCCGGCACCGGAAUCUUUUACCGUUGCUAGCGCAUGUUCCUCGACCCGAUUGUGACUUGCUGGUGUAUGAGUACAUGAAGAACGGCAGUCUUGACAAUGUGCUCAAGGACGUGGCCGAGGGACAGCGCGAGCUAGACUGGAUCGCACGGCACCGAAUCGCGGUCGGCAUCGCAUCGGGGCUCGAGUACCUGCAUAUGCUUCAUAGCCCGAGAAUCAUCCACCGAGACUUGAAACCGGGAAACAUAUUGUUGGAUGACAACAUGGAGGCUCGGAUUGGGGAUUUUGGGCUGGCUAAACAAGUGCCGGAGGCGUACACACACAUGACCACGUCGAACGUGGCCGGAACGGUUGGGUUCAUCGCGCCUGAGUAUCACCAGCUGCUUAAGUUCACCGACAAGUGUGAUAUUUAUAGUUUUGGAGUGAUUCUUGCGAUUUUGGUUAUUGGGAAACAGCCUUCGGAUGAUUUCUUUCAGGAAACAGAGGAGAUGAGUUUGGUGAAGUGGAUGAGGAAUGUGGUUGCGUCUGUGAACCCGACCUUGGCUAUUGAUCCUAAGUUGAUGGGGUAUGGGUUUGAAGAGCAAAUGCUUUUGGUGCUUAGGAUUGCUUGUUUCUGUACUGCUGAUGAUCCCAAGGAAAGGCCUAAUAGUAAGGACGUUCGUUGCAUGCUGUCUCAGAUCAAGCAUUAGUAGUAGUAGUACAUGUGUGGCUGGAUAAAGAUACUUAUAUACAUAUGGUUAGUUACUGUGUAAUAUUAAUUUUGUGUAUUGCUUGGUUUGUCUUGUUUAUAAGCUAAAUGAGACUUUUAAUGUGUAGAGUUGUGAGCUGAUGAUUGGUAAACUAUGUCUUUGUUUACUGGAAAUGGAAAUAAAAACUUUUGGAUGCAAUAAUUUCAGA